AUGGAUCAGCCCGAUGAUAACUUUCGCUACAUACACAGCAGCGCACUGCACGAGCGCGUGCAAAUCAAAGUUGGGACGUUGGAGGGUAAGAAACGGCAGCCAGACUACGAGAAACUGCUUGAGGAUCCCAUUCUGCGCUUCUCGGGCCUGUACUCGGAGGAGUAUCCAUCGUUCCAGGUGCGCCUGCAGGUCUACAACAAUGGACGGCCCUACUGCCUACCCGUCUACAGCUCCUACAAGGCGUUUGGCAAACGCUGGAGCUGGAACGAGUGGGUGUCGCUGCCCCUGCAGUUCUCCGACUUGCCCCGCAAUGCCAUGCUGGUGCUGACCAUCCUGGACUGCUCGGGCGCCGGCCAGACUGCCGUCAUUGGCGGUACAGCGAUCUCUGUAUUCGGCAAGGAUGGCAUGUUCCGACAGGGCAUGUACGACUUGCGCGUCUGGCUGGGCGUAGAGGGCGAUGGCAGUUUCCCCAGCAAGACCCCCGGUAAGGGCAAGGAAUCGUCUAAGUCGCAGAUGCAGCGCCUCGGAAAAUUGGCCAAAAAACAUCGCAACGGACAGGUGCAGAAGGUGGACUGGCUGGAUCGUCUCACAUUCCGAGAGAUCGAGGUGAUCAAUGAGCGGGAGAAGCGCAUGUCCGACUACAUGUUCCUGAUGAUUGAGUUUCCCGCCGUCAUUGUGGACGACAUGUACAAUUAUUCCGUGGUUUACUUUGAGCCGGAGGGCGACAUCAAGUAUAAAUUGCCAGCCAAACCCAAGCUGGUCUCGGUGCCCGACUCGGAGAUUCAAAUGGAAAAUCUGGUUGAACGGAAGCACCAUCGAUUGGCCCGCUCGGAGCGUUCUGGCAUCUCGGAUCGGGACGCCAAGCCUACAGCCAGCAUUCGCGACCAACUGCACACGAUCGUGUAUCGUUGUCCGCCCACUUAUGUGCUGACCAGCGAGGAACAAGAUCUGCUGUGGAAGUUUCGCUUUUAUCUGUCGUCGCACAAGAAGGCCCUCACAAAGUUCCUGAAGUGCAUCAACUGGAAACUGGAGGAUGAGGUUAUGCAGGCCCUCUGGAUGCUGGCUAAUUGGGCCCCAAUGGACGUGGAGGAUGCCCUCGAGCUGCUGAGUCCAACUUUCACGCACCCGCAGGUGCGGAAGUAUGCCAUCAGUCGUCUGGCCCAAGCACCCGACGAGGAUCUGCUGCUGUAUCUGCUGCAGCUGGUGCAGGCCCUCAAGUACGAGGAUCCCCGCAACAUUGUCCAUCUGCACAGCUGCAUUUUCCCCGAGAGGGAUGUGGCACGGUCCAUGCUGGACGAGAACGGCUCUCUAAUGGACCAGAGCACCAUCUCGGAUCUCAGUGGCACUAGCAGUGCCCUCCACUCUUCGGUUAUACCCGCCAAUCAGCGGGCCGCAAGCGCACUGGCCGCCAUCAAGGGUGACAUCUCAAUCAGUCCUGGCUUGGGCGCUGGUCCGUCUAGCAGUUCGGUGCAAGGACUGGCAGUGGGACUGGGACUGGGAUCGGCACCGGGGCCCAGCAAGGCCAGUACUCCAACUCCGGUUACGCCAGCACGGGGCGAUGCAAAUGCCGCCUCGCUUGUCUCCGACUCAAAUUCCAACACUCUGAUGCUGGCCGAGGGCAUCAGCUUUGGCAGCGUGCCAAGUAAUCUCUGCACAUUCCUCAUCCAGCGCGCCUGCAGCAAUUCCACGCUGGCCAACUACUUCUACUGGUACUUGUCCAUCGAGGUGGAGGAGGUGGAAUCGGUGCGGAAGCAGGACGAGCGCGCCCACGACAUGUACGCCAUGGUUCUGAAGAUGUUCCUCAAGGUGUUGGAAAAUGGCAACUUCAACCUGAGGGGCAUCUUCUAUAAUCUGCGGAAGCAGCGUCGCUUCAUCGAUGAGCUGGUGAAGCUGGUUAAACAGGUGGCCAAGGAGCCUGGGAAUCGCAACAAGAAGACGGAGAAAUUCCAGAAGCUGCUCGCCGAGCAGGAUAUGUUCAAAAUGAACUUUACCAACUUUGAGCCGAUACCAUUUCCCCUGGACCCAGAGAUCUACAUCACAAAGAUAGUGCCCAUGCGCACAUCCCUCUUCAAGAGCGCCCUAAUGCCGGCCAAGCUCACGUUCGUGACAUCGAUUGCCCAGCACGAGUAUGUGGCAAUUUUCAAGCACGGCGAUGAUCUGCGCCAGGAUCAGCUCAUUCUGCAGAUGAUAACGCUGAUGGACAAGCUGUUGCGGCGCGAGAAUCUGGACCUCAAGCUCACGCCGUACAAGGUGCUGGCCACCAGCUCCAAGCACGGCUUCCUCCAGUACGUCGAGUCGUGCACGGUGGCGGAGGUUCUGGCCCGCGAGGGCAACAUCCACAACUUCUUUCGGCGACACAAUCCCUGCGACAAUGGUCCCUACGGCAUAUCCGCGGAGGUCAUGGACACCUACAUCAAGAGCUGUGCCGGUUAUUGUGUGAUCACCUACUUGUUGGGUGUGGGUGAUCGGCAUUUGGACAACCUUCUGCUGACCACCAAUGGCAAGCUAUUCCACAUCGAUUUCGGUUACAUUCUGGGACGCGAUCCCAAGCCCAUGCCGCCGCCCAUGAAGCUGAGCAAGGAAAUGGUCGAGGCCAUGGGCGGUGUCAGUUCCGAUCAUCAUCAUGAGUUCCGAAAGCAGUGCUAUACUGCGUAUUUGCAUCUGCGAAGGCAUGCCAACGUCAUGCUCAAUCUCUUUUCGCUGAUGGUAGAUGCCACGGUGCCGGAUAUUGCCCUCGAGCCGGACAAGGCGGUCAAGAAGGUGGAGGAGAACCUCCAGCUGGGCCUCACCGACGAGGAGGCCGUUCAGCAUCUCCAAAGUUUGCUGGACAUAUCCAUUACGGCAGUUAUGCCGGCACUCGUCGAGCAGAUCCACAGAUUCACCCAGUACUGGCGCAAGUAGAGAGGCCGCCAUAUCCAUAUGUGUAUCGUUAGUAUUGCUCUAGCCAAUGCAGUAGAUCGCAGUAGGUCUGUAGAUCUAGAUUUUAAUGUAUCUGAAUGUACUAUAUAUCUGCUUUGUCCUGUCCCGAUAGAA